AUGAAAGUGGAAGAGCUAAUUAUCGAUGGUUUUAAGUCAUACGCCACCAGAACUGUGAUAUCUGAUUGGGAUCCACAGUUCAAUGCUAUUACAGGUCUUAACGGUUCUGGUAAAUCAAAUAUUCUGGAUGCAAUAUGUUUUGUGCUAGGUAUAUCUUCGAUGGCAACUGUUAGAGCAUCGAAUCUACAGGAUCUGAUCUACAAGAGGGGCCAAGCCGGUGUAACGAAAGCUAGUGUUACCAUAGUGUUUGAUAAUACGGAUAAAUCUAAUACCCCAAUUGGGUUUUCCGAGUACCCUAAAAUAUCAGUCACGCGUCAAAUAGUUCUAGGUGGCACAUCGAAAUACCUGAUCAAUGGUCACAGAGCUCCACAGCAAUCUGUCCUGCAGCUUUUCCAGUCCGUGCAACUAAAUAUCAAUAACCCAAAUUUCUUAAUUAUGCAAGGUAAAAUUACGAAGAUAUUGAAUAUGAAGCCCUCAGAAAUACUUUCACUGAUCGAAGAAGCCGCUGGUACCAAAAUGUUCGAGGAUAGGAAAGAAAAAGCGGAAAGGACAAUGCAAAAAAAAGAAACUAAGCUACAAGAAAACAGGACACUUUUAAAAGAAGAAAUCGAUCCACAAUUGGAAAAACUGCGCAAUGAGAAGAGAUUAUUCCUCGAAUUCCAAACUAUUCAGGCGGAUCUGGAAACAACCGAGAAAGUCGUCAUUGCAACAGACUACCAAAAAAUGUUGAAUUCAAGGGACUCAAUUAAAACUGUUCUAGAAACUAGUAAUUCCAAGAUGGACGAGCUACAAAAGAAAAUAGAUCUUGUCAAUAGGGAGAUUUCUAAUCUCAACGAAGAUUUGCAACAAACCAUGAAGCAAAAGAAAAAAGAACUAGAAAAUGAUACAAAUAUAAAAGCUAUGGAGAGUAAAGAAGAUAAACUACUGAGCGAAAUUGCUAAAUUAAAGGCAAACCUUAAAAUCAACGGUGAUAAUAUCUUGGAUGGUAAGCAGAAGCAAAAACGUCUCACAGUUAAAAUUGAGAAAUCCAAGCAACUUCUAGAUAGUAAAUCACAACUCCUAGAAGACUCAAAAUCUAAAUCAAGAAACUGUGAAGCCGAUCUGACAAGAUUAAACUCAAUUUUCAAACAGAAGGAGGAGCUAUUGUCGGUGCUUUCAACUGGUAUUUCUUCCACUGGUGGAACAGAAGGUGGUUAUGAAGCACAGAUCUCAAGCGUUAAUGACAAAAUAAACGAUAACAGCAUUGAAAUAGAAAAAAAUAAAAUGAAAAUUGAACUUUUGAAAAAGGAGUUUAUGGAGAAUGAAGAGAAAAUUGGAAAAUCUCAAUUACAGGUAGAAACUCACAUGAAAGAAAGGAAGCAACUAACAGAAAUUUGCAAGAAGCUGGAAGAAGACAUAUUCUCUCAUGGAUUUAGACCAGAAGCAUUCAAGGAACUAAAAAAUCGGGAAUACGAACUUGAUCAAGCCAUUUACAAAACAAACAGAGAUUGUGAAGGUCUAAGAAGGAGAGUAGCUGGAAUUGAGUUUCAAUAUAGUAAACCAUUUGAGAGUUUUGACCCUAAUUCCGUCAAAGGUGUUACCGCCGAACUAUUUAGUAUACCAGAACAAAAUAUGAAGUACGUUAUUGGCCUACAAAUUUGUGCUGGUGGCAGACUUUACAAUGUUAUUGUGGAUAAUGAGAAAACUGGCUCAGCAUUGCUUCAAAAAGGUAGACUACGCAAGAGGGUUACAAUUAUUCCUUUGGAUAAGGUUAUUUCCAGACCAUUGAAUCAAAAUAAGCUUAAACUUGCCAAACAAUUAGCACCAGGUAAAGUGGAACUUGCUCUAAACCUUAUUGGCUAUAGUGAUGAAGUUGUUAAAGCAAUGGAGUUUAUAUUUGGUAAUAGUUUGAUAUGUGAUGAUGCAGAAACAGCAAAGAAGAUAACAUUUAAUCCGGGUAUAAGGACGAGAAGCAUAACCUUGGAAGGUGAUAUUUACGAUCCCGAGGGGACACUCUCAGGUGGUACAAGAAAUAAUACAAAUACACUUCUAGUAGAUAUACAGCAGUACAAUACCUUAAAAAAGGAACUACUAGCAAUGAAUGAAGAGAAGCAAAAUAUUCAUAAACAAUUAAAGAUUCUUGAAGCGAAAUCAAAUGAAACAUCAAACUUGCAAAAAGAACUGAGUCUGAAGAAACAUCGAUUAGAUAUCUUGGAGCGUACUAUGAAUUCGGAGCCCUCUUUGAUGAUGCAAAACAGAAAUGGAGAAAUAGAAAAUGAAGUCAAAACUCUUGAAGACUCAACGAAGCAAAAAAUGCUAGAAAACAGCAGCCUCGAAGCCGAAAUAGAAAAAUUACGGAAAGACAUGGUAGACUUUUCCAAAAAUAAAGGUGCUAAGUUGAAAGAACUCAAAGCUGAAGUACAUGAACUAAAUGAGCAAAUAAAAGACCUAGAAUCAGAAUCAGAAAAACUAAAUGAUACAUAUGAAAAAAUCAAGGUUGAAACUGAGCAGAUCGCAAAUGAGAUUGAUACAGAUACAAAAUCAUUGGAUUCAACUGUACAAGAUAUCGAGAAAAAGUUGGAAGAAGAGAUUAAAAUAAAUAAAAUGCUGAAGACCAGUGAGGAGGAACUCAUGUCGGUUCAGAACGAUCUUAAUGUUGAAAGAAAAAGGAUCUCGAAUAUAGAUGAUGAACUUGAAGAGCUUGAGCGAACUAUAAAACAAAAGGAGGAAAGUAAAAAUACCUAUGAACUGGAACUGAAACAGUUACACCAUGAUCUAAGUAAAUAUAAAAACAGCACUGAUGGUAUUGAGAAGGCCUUGAAUGAUAUUCAAGAAGAGCAUGAAUGGGUCACGGAUGAAAUGCUUGUAAGAAGUAUAUGUGAGCAGAAUGCUGGCGUUAAUGUCAAUGAAUACCGUCAUCGAAUGGAACAACUACAAAAAAACUUUGACGAAUUGAGAAGAAAAGUCAAUCCUAAUAUUAUGAACAUGAUAGAAAGUGUUGAAAAGAAAGGUGAAGCUCUGAAAACUAUGAUUCGCACCAUUGAAAAGGAUAAAAAGAAAAUUGAGGACACCAUUUCGAAAUUAAACGAAUACAAAAAGGAAACUCUAGUUAAAACCUGGAAGAAAGUUACUAAAGAUUUUGGUAAUAUUUUUUGUGAUUUACUUCCAAAUUCAUCUGCUAAACUAGUACCUUGCGAAGGAAAAGAUAUUACAGAAGGUUUGGAGGUCAAAGUCAAAUUAGGUAAUCUAUGGAAGGAAAGCCUGGUCGAACUAUCUGGUGGCCAAAGAUCGCUAAUUGCGCUAUCGCUGAUCAUGGCUCUUCUUCAGUUCAGACCCGCACCUAUGUAUAUUUUGGAUGAAGUAGACGCUGCGUUAGAUUUAAGUCACACACAAAAUAUAGGUCAUUUGAUUAAAACUAGAUUCAAGGGGUCACAAUUUAUUGUAGUUUCAUUAAAGGAAGGUAUGUUCACAAACGCAAAUAGAGUUUUUCGAACCAGGUUCCAGGAUGGUACCUCCGUUGUUAGUAUAAUGUAG